AGGGAGAAAGCGAGAGAAGGAACCCAAAUAGAUUAUUAAGAGUGGGGACUUAGAGCAAUAUACGAGAAAAAGAAACAAUGGAUGAAUGAGAUUACCAGAUAGAGAGGAGACAUAAAGCUGAUAAAAUACUCGCAAGUGGCAAGUAAAUAAGGUCAGCCUUCUCCCAUGGGGACAACUGACGCAAUCUUAGAGGAGUUGCUUAAUGUCGAGGUCGAGCUGCAAGAUGUCCAGGAUCAAAUAAAAGUAUUGCUUAAUAAGCAAGACAAGCUGUACGAUAGACAAACUGAAUUGAAGACUUUGCUCGAAGGCUGUGAAGAUGCCAGAAGUGUUCGUGAUGAAGACACCAGUACUCCUGUGGAGGAUUGGUCACAUUCAUUUGCUUGGGAUUCUAAUGCUGAUGAUGUUAGAUUUAAUGUUUUUGGCAUAACCAAAUAUCGGUCAAAUCAGAGAGAGAUUAUAAAUGCAAUCAUGUCUGGGAGGGAUGUUCUUGUGAUUAUGGCGGCUGGUGGUGGCAAAAGUCUUUGCUACCAGCUUCCAGCUAUUCUAAAGGAUGGAGUUGCCCUUGUAGUCAGUCCACUGCUUUCUUUGAUCCAGGAUCAGGUGAUGGGUUUGGCUGCUUUGGGCAUCAAAGCAUUCAUGCUAUCAUCAAUCACCAGCAAGGAAGAUGAGAAGUUCAUAUACAAAGCACUUGAGAAAGGUGAAGGAGAAAUGAAGAUAUUGUAUGUAACACCUGAAAAAAUAUCAAAGAGCAAGAGGUUUAUGUCAAAGCUUGAAAAAUGCCACCAUGCUAGUCGUCUUUCUCUAAUUGCAAUCGAUGAGGCGCAUUGUUGCAGCCAGUGGGGUCAUGAUUUUCGACCAGACUACAAAAACCUUGGUAUCUUGAAGACUCAGUUUCCGAACGUUCCAGUAGUUGCACUGACUGCAACAGCUACUGAGAAGGUCCAAAAAGAUUUGAUGGAGAUGCUACGUAUUCCAAAAUGUGUCAAGUUUUUCAGUACUGUUAAUAGGCCAAACCUAUUUUACAUGGUAAGGGAGAAGUCAUCAGUUGGAAAGGUGGCUAUUGAUGAAAUUGCAGAAUACAUACAAAGUACAUAUCCAAACAAGGAAUCUGGGAUAGUAUACUGCUUCUCCAGAAAGGAAUGUGAACAGGUUGCUCAGGAACUUCGGGAUAGAGGAAUUUCAGCAGAUUAUUAUCAUGCAUAUAUGGAUGCGGAUCAUCGAGAGAGAGUUCAUAACCGGUGGAGCAAUAGCAAGUUGCAGGUGAUAGUUGGCACUGUGGCAUUUGGAAUGGGUAUCAACAAACCAGAUGUUAGGUUUGUCAUCCAUCACAGCCUCAGCAAAUCAAUGGAGACAUAUUAUCAGGAAAGUGGCCGUGCUGGAAGAGAUGGCCUUCCAUCUGAAUGCCUACUAUACUUUAGGCCAGGUGAUGUACCCAGGCAGAGUUCAAUGGUCUUCUAUGAAAAUGCUGGACUACAGAAUCUGUAUGAUAUUGUUCGAUACUGUCAGUCUAAAAGAGAAUGCCACAGAAAUGCUUUCUUCCGACACUUUAAUGAGUCAUUACAAGAUUGCAAUGGGAUGUGCGACAACUGCACAAUCUCAAACGAGGUCAAGGAGAUUGAUGUCUCUGGGUAUGUGAAGGUUAUCAUAAACUUACUUCAAGAAAUCCAGGAGAGUGACCAGAGAAUAACCAUGUUGCAGUUGGUGGACAAGAUGAAGAUCAAACAAAAAGGUUCUGAACUAAAGCGCGAUGAAGCAGAGCAACUUGUGAUUAAACUCAUCAUAGAUCACAUUUUGAAAGAAGAAUUUCAGCAUACAGCAUAUACCACCAAUGCUUAUGUAACCCUAGGACCUUUGGCAAUGCAAGUAUUGCAUGGAAAGAGGGAAAUUAAGCUUGAGGUUUUCAGUGAACAGAAGAAGAGUAUGGGUAGUAUAAUGAAGUCAUCCAAACAUAGCCUAACAUCGUCAGGAUUGGAGUAUAAGCUCGAUGAACUUCGAAAAGAGCUCUCUUCUAAUGAUGGAGGCAUAUUUCCUCAUUCAGUGUUAUCCACUCAGCAGAUCACCAUGAUAGCUGCACAGAGACCAAACUCAAAAGAACAGCUGGAGAAGAUUAUAGGAAAAUUGAAGACAGAUAAGUAUGGUUCGAGGAUACUUGAAGAGAUUGAGAAAAAUGAAUCCGAUCCCCCACCCGAGAGUUCAUUGGCGUGUGAAGGAGACAAAGAUGGUGGCAGAAAGAGACCCGCAAAGAGGCUGAAAACCAAAAAGACUGUCGUCGUAGUUGAAAGUAGUGAAGAUGAUUUUUGACCACCUCAGUUUAAUGCGCAUCUUUUAAUCUUAUUAAAGAUUUUGACAUUUCAAAGCUGUUUAUUUUUUUUUUAUUUGAAACUAUUAAUAGUAUUAAAAAAAAUUGUCCCAAGAGUGAGCAA